AUGUCUUCACAUGGUCACGACCAACAACCAGCCGUCCCAAUCUCCAUUACAAUCUGUGGCGACGGCGGCUGUGGCAAAUCCUCCAUCACACUGCGUCUCGUCCGCUCACAAUGGACAUCCGAGUAUGACCCCACGAUCGAAGACUCCUACAGCGUCACCCGCCGCAUCGAUGGCACCACGUACCACCUUUCCCUUACCGACACCGCAGGCCAGGAAGAAUACCGCGGUAUGUGGGCAUCGUCGAAUUUGGGCGCUGAUGCCUUCCUCAUGGUGUAUGACAUUACGUCACGCGACUCUCUCGAGGCACUUCAAUACUUCGACGACCUGAUCGACAUGGAAGCCGAAACGCGGCUUGACAAUGCAGCACGCGCACGCCGCGCCGGCGUAAAUCCGGGGCAUGCAAACACCGGCACCGGAAGUGGUUCCAAAACUGUUCCCCCAGUCAAGAUUGUCGCCGGUAACAAGUGCGACCUCCAGGAGAGCAGACAGGUUCCUGCGGCAAUGGGCCUGGAGUGGGCACGCAAACGGGGCUGCGGCUUCAUGGAGACGAGUGCCAGAUUGGAAGUCAACAUCGAAGAGACAUUUGCCUUGAUUGUUCGUCGAGUCGUGGAGAGAAGGCGCCUAGCAGAAAUGGGGGUCAUGGACAAUACCGAGAUGAAUGCCCGCGGUAUGACCAAGCCUUUGACUCCCUUACCAGCAGAGAGCGAGACGGAAAAGCGCGCCCCAGGACUACGGGGGCCAAAUUUAAAUGGCGACCCCAACGUCGGCCGCGGCCACGGUGGAUUUUGGAAGAAACUACGAUGCUGGUGA